UGUUCUUUAAUGAUAAAUUGAGGUAAAAAGUGAAAAAGCAUCUUCUAAUAAACAAAAACAAAUAAUGAAGAACACUUGCUCGGUGGUGAUUCAAAUGAAUAAAGUGCUGCAAAGACAAUGUCCUGCUACAGGAAACAGUCACCAUAAAGGUGUUGAAACUUCACUAUCAGCGCUAUAAACCCUCCCUCAGAUAAGACUCAGUCUCAAAUCAGAGCAGUGCACACAGUCUCUACAUUUUUGCCGUAAUCGCCUGUGUUCUUUGAGAGUUGCUUCUGAAUUGGCAAUUUCUUCAUUGCCAUGGAUAUGAGUGAUCCGUUUAUAAUAUUAAAGAUCUUCGCACCAAUCAUAACCUUUACCUUUUUGUCAAUCUGCUGUACUGGCUUCUGUAAAAUCUUCCAGCGGGCCCGUAAGGAGCGCGUGGAGCGCCUGCAGGGUCAAGAUCGAGCCGUGGAUCAUCCGUCUGUGUACGUCAUUCCGAUCUCUAUGUCUGAAGAUGAGCUGCACAGGCCGCCGCGCUACAGCACCGUGCAGUUCUACGAGUACGAGCCCCCUCCGGCUUAUCACGAGGUAACCGUGGAGAUAUUGUCGAAUAUCUACACCAUCAUUGAAUGAAUCUUGUCCUGAAAUGUUUUUAAAGAUAACGAGGAUUCAAAAUUUAUUUUGCAGUUACUGAAGCCUGAAGCCUCCCCUCUGGAACCCCCUCCUGCAUAUUCAGAAUCUGUCUCAAACUCACCCUCACAUUCAUGAAUCAUGAUCUCACCACCACACACAGUAUCUCAAGCACUUGGAC